GAUAGCUUUCAAUUUGGAAGUACAUUUGAAUAUUUUGGAACACAAUCUUGGCCGCACAUUACGAAGUUCGUUGAGGGACACGCAGAUCGGGUUCUGUUAAGGACCGCAUGGUGCGCCUUUGGUCCCUUUGAAAAUGGCAAGUCAUUUGACAUGUCUGGUGGCUCUGCUAGUUUUAACCGUACUUGUCCUAACGGUUUGCGCUUACUACACCAUAAUGCAUCCGAAACAGAUUCAUCUGGUGAGCUGCUAUCUCGAAGGAGGCUCCUGCCGGGAGCUGUGGAACUGCGAGGAAAGGUUCCAAAGUCGCCUCCGCACCACGUGCAUCAACAAGCGAAAGGUCUGCUGCUUUCCCACCGUCCAGAUGAAGAGUCUCCAGGAUGCCGAAGAUUACGCCGAGUGAACGUCAUCCAUUGGAAAUCGAUAGCAGACCAGUCCAGCAGCCAGAUAACUUGGAGACCAUACUAUUUCUUUUGCAAACCAUACCUUGUAUUGAAUGUACCAUUUCGUAGGCAAUUUAUAUAAUUGGAAUAAUCAAUUGAAAUUAUUAUUCCGUACCGGGUA